AGAAGAGUUAUUUUAGGGAGCGUUAGUCUCGUUACGUUGUGCUAAAGACGUGUUCUGCUUCAAAUCUCUUUCACACACACAAAUCCUUGUUCCUCUCAUUUCCUUCCUCAUCAAAUUCAAAACCUCGUUUUGGUUUGCUGUUCUGUCAGAAUUUCAGUUUCAAUUUCAAUUUCUCUGAAACUCAAUCAAUCGACAUACUAUGGAUGAAGAGUACGAUGUAAUUGUGUUGGGCACAGGUCUCAAGGAAUGCAUCCUCAGUGGUCUUCUCUCUGUUGAUGGCCUCAAGGUGUUGCACAUGGAUAGAAAUGACUACUAUGGAGGAGCUUCUACAUCUCUCAAUCUUACACAGCUAUGGAAACGAUUUAGGUCAGAUGACAAGCCACCAGAGGACUUAGGUUCCAGCAGAGAAUACAAUGUUGAUAUGAUACCUAAGUUUAUGAUGGCGAAUGGAGCUUUAGUCCGUGUUCUCAUUCACACAGAUGUUACAAAGUACUUGAACUUCAAAGCUGUAGAUGGAAGCUUUGUGUAUAAUAAGGGAAAGAUAUACAAAGUCCCUGCAACAGAUGUUGAAGCACUGAAAUCGCCUUUAAUGGGACUGUUUGAGAAGCGCCGUGCUCGGAAGUUCUUCAUUUAUGUCCAAGAUUAUGACCAGAAUGAUCCCAAAUCUCACGAAGGACUAGAUUUGAAUCAAGUUACAGCAAGGCAGUUGAUAUCGAAAUAUGGACUGGAAGAUGAUACAAUUGACUUCAUAGGUCAUGCCUUGGCACUUCAUCGUGAUGACAGCUACUUGGAUGAGCCAGCCAAGGAUUUUGUGGAGAGAGUUAAGAUUUAUGCAGAGUCCCUAGCACGCUUUCAAGGAGGUUCACCUUACAUAUAUCCACUAUAUGGACUGGGAGAGUUGCCUCAGGUUCUCCAUAUCUAUUUCCAUUUUAAUCUUGGUAAACUACAGGCACUAAACUUUGGUUUCUUUGAUUUCCUUAAGGCAUUUGCACGUCUAAGUGCUGUGUACGGUGGAACUUACAUGCUGAACAAACCAGAAUGCAAGGUAGAAUUUGACGAAAAUGGGAAAGCCAUCGGUGUGACUUCAGAAGGAGAAACAGCCAAAUGCAAGAAAGUUGUUUGUGAUCCAUCAUAUCUAUCUGAUAAGGUUCAGAAGGUUGGAAGGGUUUCACGUGCAAUAUGUAUUAUGAGCCAUCCUAUUCCAGAAACCAAUGACUCUCACUCAGCACAAGUCAUUCUGCCACAGAAGCAGCUUGGUCGCAAGUCAGAUAUGUAUCUCUUCUGCUGCUCUUAUGCUCAUAAUGUAGCACCCAAAGGAAAAUUUAUUGCUUUUGUUACAACAGAAGCAGAGACUGACCAACCAGAGGUGGAAUUGAAGCCUGGUAUUGACCUUCUUGGACCUGUAGAUGAGAUAUUCUAUGACAUGUAUGACAGGUUUGAACCCUGCAAUGAUCAUGAGGCUGAUGGUUGUUUCAUCUCUACUAGCUAUGAUCCUACCACUCACUUUGAAACUACGGUUAAAGACGUGGUCGGGAUGUACAGCAAAAUCACUGGAAAGGUUCUUGAUCUUUCUGUGGACUUGAGUGCCGCAAGUGCUGCAGCUGAAGAUUGAGAUUGCUUGAAGCUAUAUAAACAUGCCCAAGUUUUGAAAGAGAAGCUUUAUUCUUUUCUUUUUUUUUCAAAUUUAUCUUUUAGAUGAUUUAAUGGGAACAAAACACAUCCUUGUUCGUUUUCUCGAUGGAAUUUGUAUGUCCCAUGUGUGACAGCAUUCUUUAAUUCAG